CACAGUACACACAAAAUUUGUCCAUUAAACUGAAAACUGUCAAGAAGUCAAAGUCAAAGCCAAAAAACAAAAAUAAACAUCUGAAGGAGUUAGUUUUUAUCAGUGGAGUUGGAAGUUGAACAAAAUCAAAAUAUAACCUACUUUCAGUUCGCUUUAGUUAAAGUGUAGUUUUUGUUUGUUUUCCAUUUAAAUGUUAGGUAAAGGCCUAACAACUAUAUCUAAUUACUGAAAAUGACGAGACGAAAAAGGUCCUUAAUGUGGGAUUUUUUUCAGCCAUUAGCUGAAACUAAAGCCUGCUGCAACUUAUGCAAGCUGAAUUUUAGUUACAAAAGUUCAACGUCAAAUUUAAGGAAGCAUUUAAUAAGACGACACCCUACUAUAUUAAUUAGCGAAAAGUGUUCAGCUACAAACGAUAGUGAUAUAGAGGUAAAAACAGACGUGACUAAGGAUUUUUUAGAAGAAGAAAGUAUAUUUAUAGAAUACUGUGAAGAUGCUGAUGAAAAUCAAGAAAGAGAUGAUUUGUCUCCAAAAGAGAUUUCAAAGCGUAAAAUAUUACGAAUCCCUAUUUCAAAAAAAUUGCCAUUAGAAAAUCAAGAGACAGAAAAAAGUGAACUAAGUUUUACCAGUUUGGAAGAUCCUCGAAAGGAGUUGGUUAAAAUUGAGCUUGCAAUUGCUAAGCAGGAAUUAGAACUAAAGAAACAGCAACUUAUUUAUGCUGAACGGGAAGAUAAUAGGAAACAAAAAGAACACGAAAUUACUUUGAAAAUAAAAGAAGCUCAGUUAAAAGCUAUUUUAAAUAAAAAUACUGAUUUCUUUGAAUAA